CGGACGACGGACGCCUUCCUUGUAUCGAGUGAGCACCUCGUACAAGUCACCACCCAUCGUCUCUUCCUUGUCAGCUCGCUGGUCUAGCACCGCUACGCCCACAAUGCCGCCCAAGAAGUCGGCAGCAGAGGCAGGCGAGGCCACCGAUGACGCCCCACUUGAAGACGAGGCAGCACUCCAUCCAGAUGGCAUGUCCUCCUCGCGUACCACACACAGCAGGGAGAAGCUCCGCCUCUGUGAGCAGAUUGUCCUGGAUCACUUUGGACCAGUCGCAGCCAAUGUAGCCUCUGUUCUACUCCAAAGGGGGCGUCUAUCGCUCAAUGAGCUGCAGAGGUUCAUCCUCUCCCCAGAAGCAGGAGCAGGAAGCACUGGACCUACCUCUUCCUCGUCCGCCUCGUCCUCGGCGCCCAGCACGAGCCAGUAUGCUGUACAGCCUCAGAAGACACAAAUCUUACACACCAUUCUCACGCUUGUGCAGCACAACCUCCUUUACCAUAUCCGCCUCGAUGCAGAUGGCAGCAUCAUUCGCAGUCAUGAAGAACCUGGAGGAAUAGAGUACUUUGAGAUCAACCCAGAGGCAAUUCUCAUUCGGAAUCGAUUUGGAAGCUUCAUGGAGACGGCAGAGAAGCUAUGGGGCGAAGAGGGCCUGGCGAUCAUUCGCAUGAUCCUUUUGCAUGGCAAGCUCCAGGUAUCCGACAUCCUCUCUCAGCUUCCUGCAAUCUCGCCCUAUACUCGUCCCCUCUUGACCUACAUGCUCCUCUCGGCCUACCUCAUUCCCUCCUCCUUCCUCACCUCCGUCUCUCCUCACGAGCUGACAAUCGCAUAUACACUCGAGGAAAAGAAGGGCCACAAGGGUGUUCCAGGACCCAAGGACUUGAGGGAUAUAGACGGUAAAGUAAAGUCUCGAAUCAUCGAGGAGAGAGCAGCAAACAGGGGCACUGGCGUGAGGAGCCGGACCAGCGCUGACAGCUCAGAAGCAAGGGCUUCCAGCUCGAAGAGCAAUGGCAAAAAGCGCAGCUCCAAUUCAGCUCCGAAAGUGCAGGUUCGGAACAAGCGGCCAGCGCUAGAUGGCAGUGACAGUGAUAGCGGGGAUGAUCGCAAACGGAAGAGAAGCGAGGACGACGAUGACGAAAAAAGGGCUCGCCGUCAUGGCUCGAAGACGAAUGGUCAUGUCAGCAAAGACCAGGCGAAAGUAGGCUGGAUGGAAGCUCUGACGGAUUUCGAAAAGGAGCGGCUGGACGAGAUCAUCGUGGAUGAGGAUACCUUUGUCAGAGUCAACUACGAUCGGUUCGACGUACACAUCCGAAACGAGCUCCUCGCCGAGCUUGUCCACAAUCACUUCAACAAGGAGGCAGCGCAUGUCUACAUGAAGAUCGUUGAGGCAGCCGAUGCGCGCAAGAUUGAGAAUGAGAUGUGGCCGAGCGUUGCGGACAGCAGAGGCGAACCCGUCUCCCUCCACCUGCUGGCUGCCUCUUUGCCCCAAUCCCUCAAUCUGAAGGGCGGCUUCCAUCGUAGUGCCUUUGAGAACCUCAACAACGGGCGCAAAGUUACCCGCUUCGACUGCAUCUGCGAAUAUGUUGCGCUUCUCUCCCGGACCGAGGAUACGAUUACCAGGAACACUCGCCCCAACCCACGAGAUCUGGCUGCGGUGACGUCUGCCGCAAGGUACAUCUUGCCAGGAAGCAACUCUAACGACCUCAUGACGCCGACUGGCAGUCGACUGUCUGGCAGCGCCAUCGUCGACUAUUCUGCUGCUGCUCGCAAGAUGAAGUGGAAUAUGCUCAAGCAAACGGUGGAACGCGUCUUUGGCGAAAAUGAGGGCAAGGUCAUGGGCGUGCUGCGCAGGGAGGGCAAGCUCGAGGAAAAGCAGAUCCACAAGCUCGCCUUGAUGACUCUCCACGAGACGCGUGAGGCCUGCAACAAGCUCUUCUCUGCCAGCGUAAUCGCACUGCAAGAAGUACCCAAGUCUGCAGACCGCAACCCACAGCGAACAUUUUUCCUCUACUACAUCGACUACCCCCGCGCCCUCUCCUGGCUCUCGGACAGACUGCACCGCACACAAGCUCGUCUGGCACAGAGGAGGGCUAAAGAGAGGGAGAAGGCCAAAGUGCUACUGGCAAAGAUUGAGAGGACGGAUGUGCAGAGCGAGGGAGUUGAAAAGGUGCUCAGUCAGAGCGAGAAGGAGAGGUUGGAGGAUUGUAGGAUGCGUCUCAAGCUGCUGACUGUGCAGCUCGCUCGGGUGGAGAGGGAGAGCUGGGUGCUGGCCAGGAUGGGCGGGUGAGAGGAUGUGGGCGGAACCCUAUGGUACAUGACGAGACACAACGAAGUCUCUGCCACUUUGGUCUGCUCGCGGCGGGGACUAGACAGCUUGUGUGAACGCCUGCCUUCAUACAUUGUAUCACGAACACAUGAAGGACGAACGUGGUCUUCUCGAAUUUGUGAGCGGUGCAAGCCAUACAGGAAGAAGGCAAACAACGAGCGCCUAUGCUCGACCCUUCAAUAGCUGAGAGACUGCCUGCUGACCGUCAGACGAGAUUUGAUUGUGCUGUUGUACGUGCCUCGG